AUGUCGUGGAAUUGUGCUGCUUCAAAUGGGAGAAGGUUUCAACCUGAAGAUUUUGUUUGUUAUUUGCUGUUGUUACAGUUGCAUAGUGAUGGAUAUAGGAGCAAGGUAGCAAUAGCUGAUAAUGGAUCAAGACAGAUUCUGUAUUACCCUAAGAUUAAUGAUGUGAUUGUUUGGGCAUCAUUUGCGUUCUUCUAUGUUCACUGA